GCUGCCUCCGUGUAACCCGGGGCUCCGAGCUGAGCAGCUGCUGCUCCCCGGGGUCCGUGCGGGGGGAGCCCGGCAUUAACCCCUCCAUGCCCGGCCGGGGGGGGGCUUUCUCCAGCUGGGACCCGCCCCCUGGGCAGCCCCGGGCCGGAGCCCCCCGGCCUUCCAUUCUCCUGUUCAAGAGGCAUCCCCCAGUGCUCCCUCUGCCUAUGUGACUGGCCAGCAGGGGGUGGUGAUAACUUUCUAUCCACUUCUCAGACACUGUGAGCAUUCUGGACUCGUUCUUUCUGAAAUCUGGUUUCAUUGAGACGAAGGUUAAUCAAGAGUCACUGCGUGGAAAGAGGAGGAGUGACUCCAGAUGGACAGUAAGGCUGCAGAAUGAUGUCCAUGUUUCGCUCCAGUUCAUCCCAGCCUCCCAUGGGACAGGGGAGAGAAAUGGCUGCAGAGGAGUCAGUCCAGGGGCCGGUAACCUUCGAGGAGGUGGCUGUGUAUUUCACCAGGGAAGAAUGGGCUCUGCUGGACCCCACUCAGAGAGCCCUCUACUGGGAUGUCAUGCAGGAGAACUAUGAGAACGUGACCUUGCUGGGGUUUCUGGUUUCCAAAUCUGAUGUGAUCUCCCAGCUGGAACAAGGGGAAGAGCCAUGGGUUCCAGACCUCCAGGGUUCAGAGGAAAGAGAGAUCCUGAGAGCUCCCUGCACAGAUGAGGAAACAUUAAACCAACUCAGAAUCUCAGGUGAUGCAAUGGUAUAUGAGAAAGAGGAGCAGAAUUCUCAGCAGGAAAAUGUUGAGCAAGUGGAUAAACACAGAGCAUUGUCUCAAAGAUCAAAAAGGAAUGUGUCCAGGAGUUAUGAGAAGGCAAAAUCCUGUGAGAUACAGCACAGACCAGAAAGAGAGCAAGGACACCAGCCAGGGGAGAAAAUGGGUAAAUUUAUUUCCUGUUGGGGAACUCAGAAGAGUGUCAAGGAAACCACAACACAGCAGGAAAUCCUCAUGGGAAAGAGGAAAAAUACAUGCAGCGAGUGUGGAAAAUGCUUCACUCAAAGAUCAUCCCUUUCUGUACAUCAGGGAAUCCACACAGGGGAGAGGCCCUAUGAAUGCCGUGAGUGUGGGAAAAACUUCACUGAAAGAUCAGGCCUUUCUAAACAUCAGAGAAUCCACACAGGGGAGAGGCCCUAUGAAUGCUGUGAGUGUGGGAAAAGCUUCACUCACAGCUCAGCCCUUUCUAAACAUCAGAGAAUCCACACAGGGGAGAAGCCCUUUGAAUGCCGUGAGUGUGGGAAAACCUUCACUCAAAGAUCAGCCCUUUCUAACCAUCAGAGAAUCCACACAGGGGAGAAGCCCUAUGAAUGCCGUGAGUGUGGGAAAAACUUCAUUAGCAGCUCAGCCCUUUCUAGCCAUCAGAGAAUGCACACAGGGGAGAAGCCCUAUGAAUGCCGUGAGUGUGGGAAAACCUUCACUGAAAGAUCAGGCCUUUCUAAACAUCAGAGAAUCCACACAGGGGAGAAGCCCUAUGAAUGCCGUGAGUGUGGGAAAAACUUCACUCAAAGAUCAGGCCUUUCUAACCAUCAGAGAAUCCACACAGGGGAGAGGCCCUACGAAUGCCGUGAGUGUGGGAAAAACUUCAUUAGCAGCUCAGCCCUUUCUAGCCAUCAGAGAAUGCACACAGGGGAGAAGCCCUAUGAAUGCCGUGAGUGUGGGAAAACCUUCACUGAAAGAUCAGGCCUUUCUAAACAUCAGAGAAUCCACACAGGGGAGAGGCCCUACGAAUGCCAUGAGUGUGGGAAAAACUUCAUUACCAGCUCAGCCCUUUCUGCACAUCAGAGAAUCCACACAGGGGAGAGGCCCUAUGAAUGCUGUGAGUGUGGGAAAAGCUUCACUCACAGCUCAGCCCUUUCUAAACAUCAGAGAAUCCACACAGGGGAGAAGCCCUUUGAAUGCCGUGAGUGUGGGAAAACCUUCACUCAAAGAUCAGCCCUUUCUAACCAUCAGAGAAUCCACACAGGGGAGAAGCCCUAUGAAUGCCGUGAGUGUGGGAAAAACUUCAUUAGCAGCUCAGCCCUUUCUAGCCAUCAGAGAAUGCACACAGGGGAGAAGCCCUAUGAAUGCCGUGAGUGUGGGAAAACCUUCACUCAAAGAUCAGGCCUUUCUAAACAUCAGAGAAUCCACACAGGGGAGAGGCCCUACGAAUGCCAUGAGUGUGGGAAAACCUUCAUUACCAGCUCAGCCCUUUCUGCACAUCAGAGAAUCCACACAGGGGAGAGGCCCUAUGAAUGCUGUGAGUGUGGGAAAAGCUUCAUUCACAGCUCAGCCCUUUCUAAACAUCAGAGAAUCCACACAGGGGAGAGGCCCUAUGGAUGCCGUGGGUGUGGGAAAAGCUUCACUCACAGCUCUCACCUUACUGGGCAUCAGAGAAUCCACACAGGAGAGAGGCCCUAUGUAUGCAGUGAAUGUGGGAAAACCUUCAAUCACAGCUCACACCUUAUUGGGCAUCGGAGAAUGCACACAGGGGAGAAGCCCUAUGAAUGCCGUGAGUGUGGGAAAACCUUCACUCAAAGAUCAGGCCUUUCUAAACAUCAGAGAAUCCACACAGGGGAGAGGCCCUACAAAUGCCAUGAGUGUGGGAAAAACUUCAUUACCAGCUCAGCCCUUUCUUACCAUCAGAGAAUCCACACAGGGGAGAAGCCCUAUGAAUGCAGUGAGUGUGGGAAAACCUUCAUUAGCAGCUCAGGCCUUUCUAAACAUCAGAGAAUCCACACAGGGGAGAGGCCUGAGGAACCACCUGAUCAGCAUCUUGUACAGCAGACAGGAGAAGAUCAAGAAUGAGCUCUCAAAACUGGAGACUCUCACACAAAUCCAACCUUCCACACAAACUUCCACAUGGCUGGACUUGACAAAAAUGAGACAAGCCAUUUACAA